AUGGGAAACAUCAGCUCAAAAAAGCGUAAAGAUCGUCCUAGCAUUAUACGCUCAGAGGUUCCCGAAAAUGAAUAUUCGAACAAUACAACUACUUCACUCAACUCUAUACUUGUCAAUGCGAACAACACUCAGCCAUUACCUUCCAACACGGCACAGGCUAAUUCUAGCAAUGCCAUUUCAGACGUCUUCGCCGAUCACCAAGCUCCUAUACAAAGCAGCGACAGCGACCCGUCCCAGACGCUUGACUAUAAUCAAUUGACCGUAUCCUCUCAGAAUCAACUUACCACCAGCUCAGUACGCUCCAUUGGAAGUAAUUUGGAUAUUGAUGAAUGCAUCAAGCGGUUGCUGGAGGUUGGCAUGGAAGGAAAAAUCCACAAGUCGGUGUGUUUUCGGAAUUCCGAGAUCGCAGCCAUCUGCAAAGCAGCUCAGGAAGUGUUCCUUAGCCAACCGUCGAUGAUAGAGUUGAAUCCUCCAGUCAAAAUAUUAGGCGACAUUCAUGGCCAGUAUCAUGAUUUACUCCGACUAUUCGAAAUGGGCGGCUUUCCACCAGAGUCCAAUUACUUGUUUCUUGGAGAUUAUGUGGACCGAGGCAAACAAAGUCUAGAAACCAUCCUUUUAUUAUUCUGCUACAAGAUCAAAUACCCCGAGAAUUUCUUUGUCCUCAGAGGAAAUCACGAAUGUGCCAAUGUUACACGAGUCUACGGGUUUUACGAUGAGUGCAAACGAAGGACAAACAUGAAGAUCUGGAAAACUUUUAUUGAUGCGUUCAAUGCAUUACCAAUAGCAGGCCUAGUAGCAGGGAAAAUAUUUUGCGUGCAUGGUGGUUUGAGCCCAUCACUCAAUUCCUUGGACGAUGUGAGGAGUAUUAUGCGACCAACAGAUGUACCAGAAUAUGGUUUGCUGAAUGACCUAUUAUGGUCAGAUCCAUCGGAUACCACGGAAGACUGGGAAGAUAGCGAACGAGGUGUCUCAUACUGCUUUGGAAAGCGUAUUGUCAAUGAGUUUCUUGCUAAAUUUGACCUGGAUCUUGUUUGUCGCGCUCAUAUGGUGGUUCAAGAUGGUUAUGAAUUCUUCGCAGAAAAAGCAUUGGUCACUGUCUUCUCUGCUCCAAAUUAUUGCGGGGAAUUUGAUAACUUCGGGGCAAUCAUGAGUGUGAGCGAAGAACUUUUAUGCAGUUUCGAGCUACUUACUCCAACAGAUCACCCAACCGUCAAGUUAUCGGGUUUGAGAGGCAAAGGACGGCGACCGAGGUAA